AUGGCGACGGCACGAACGAACCUCGGUCCUCUGACCACGCCGUUUACCUAUCCAGCCAGCUGCACAAACAACGUCAUCCAGUGCUCGUACUGCCUCGUCGCCUGGCAGGCGCAAACAUGCAGCAACAACCCCAAUAAUGCGGCCGGCGUCCAGGACAAUGCAAACUGCUGGCCACCACGAACAAAAGCCAACACCAUCACCACCGACGCUGCCCUCUUGGGCUGGGGCAUCUACUCCCCGGGCCUGAGCUGUCCCGUUGGCUACAACACGGCGUGCUCGGCCACGGGCACGACGAUUGGCGGCUUCCAGUUUCAAUUCCCCGUCUCGGCCGGCGAGACGGGUAUUGGCUGUUGUCCUCCAGACUACGCUUGUACUUACGGCGGCAACGGAGCUGCCCAGACCUGCUACAGCAUCGCGACAACCGGCUCCUUUCCGGCUGUGCAGUGCUCUGGCGGCACCAGCAAUGCAUUCAGCUACUACACGCUGGGCAACGUCGCCACAGUGACCACGACACAAGUCAGCACCGUGUCCGGCUCCGGCUCUGCCACUGCGCCUGCCAGCACCGUGACCGCGACGGAGGUGGACCUCUUCAACUUCAACACCGUUACGCUGUACGCGCCCAUGUUCCAGCUCGUACACAAGGCCAGCGAUCUGCCCAGCUCCAGCUCCAGCUCCAAGGGCACCUCGUCCCCUACCAACACCGCCGACAGCACCGGCCCGUCCUCGGGCGCAUCCAGCGCAUCAGACAAAUCAAGCGCCAAGAGCUCCAAUGGUCUGUCGUCUGGCGCGAUCGCCGGUAUUGCCGUCGGUGCCUCCGUGGUCGGCCUGGCGUUGCUGGGCGCGUUCAUCUUCCUGCUCCUGAAGCAGCGGAAGCAGAAGGCAGCCAUUGCGCAGUACGCACCGCCGCCCAACGUGUCUGGGAAUACGGGCAUGGCGCCGGACAUGGCGCCAGGCAUGGUGCCGGGCAUGUCGCCGGGCAUGUCGCCAGGCCCAAUGCAUGACGGUUCGUACUAUGCCUCAUCCACGCCGCUAUCGAUGAAGAGCGGGGUGAUGCACCCGUCGCCGGUGUACGAGGUGCAAGCCGUGCGGCACGGCUGGAAUCAUCUUGUAGUACACGUCCUUGCCGAUCGGCUCGCGGCCGAGGCGCCUGGCCAGAUGCUCGCCUUCGCGGAAGAGCAUGUCCCACUCGCACGUGUAGAACAGGAUGCAGGGUGGCAGGUCGCGCGCCAGGCGCUCGUCGGACGCUUGGGACGGCGAGAGGUGCGGGUCCGAGAGGUCGAGGUCUGGUGGGUAGAGGUAGGAUGCGUCAAAGAGAUCCGUCAGAUUCGACGGCAGCGCCUGGUCCGGCCGCGUGCAGGUGGCACGGCGCUCGGCGCGGCUCAGCUUGUAGUCGACCGUCGGAUACCACGUGGCCGUUGCCACGAAAUUGGACGCCGCGUUCAGGAUCAGGUACAACAACGCAUCCGCCCCAUCCUCCACCGCCGUGGGGAACGCGUGCUCAGGCGCCAGGCGGUACUCUACCGACACGAAGAUGGCACCGGCGGUCUGCGUCACGUGGCGCGCAAAACGCGCGUCGUCGGUUCCGCCGCCCAGCACGAAUCCGCCGCCGUGAAAGUUGACAACGGUCGGAAACGGCCCUGCGCUCUGGCCAUUUUCUGCACGUUGACCGUAUGCUUUUGGGGUGUAAAAUUGCAGAGCGAAGGUGCCGCCUUUGUGCUGCCUGGACAGCGUCGACGUGACGGUCCGCGUGAAGUUGGGUGA